AUGACUGCUGCUGAUGCUGUUUUCAACCAAGUCGAUCUUAACAAAGAUGGACGCGUAGAUCUCGGUGAAUUCCGUAAUUUCCUUGGUCAAAAUCUUGGUGUUGGUGCUGGCUACGGUGCUAGUUCAUCAUGGGAAUCAGCAUCAUUAGGUGGUGGUGCUGGCUGGGAUGCUGGUGCUGGUUGGGGUGCUGGUGCUGGCUGGGGUGCUGGUGCUGGCUGGGAUGCUAGUGCUGGUUGGGGUGCUGAUUUAGGUGCUGGUGCUUCAAGCUUUGAAUCAGCAGCAUAUGAAUCAUCUGCAUCAGGUGCUGCUCUUGGUGGUGCUUAUGAUGCUUCAUACGUUGUUGGUGGUGGUCUUGCCGGUGGUGCUGCUAGUUACGAAUCAAUUGCAACCGGUGCUGGACUUGCUGGUGGAGUAGUCUUAGAUUCAGCAGCAUUAGCAGCUUCUCAAGUUCAAUAUGCUGCUGAUGCUCAAGGUCUCUACCAAGAUCCAAAUCCACAAAUUAUUCGUCGUCCAAAUCCAACUGGUGUACAAACAUACACACAAAAUGUUCGAGUUCAAUUCCUUCAACCACCACCUGUUCCACCACCAGGCCCACUCAUCAUCAAAGAAGUUCGUCCACCUCAACCACCUCUUCCACCACCACUUCGUCUUCGUCAAGUAGCUCCACCUCUUCCUCCACCACCUCCACUUGUUCUCCGUGAACGACCACCAGUACCACCACCAGUAAUUGCUUCACAAACAGUCAUUCGUCGUUUGGCUGGUUUACCAGUUCCACCACGAUCAGUCAUCAUCGAACGUCUUCCACCUCUUCCACCACGACCACGUGACGUCAUCAUCGAACGAUGGAUUCCAUAUGGACCUCAAGCUAAACGACGUACCCUUCUUCAACGUGCUCCUCCUCCAUUACCAUACCCAGCUCCACGAAAUGUCAUCAUUCAAUACGAACAAGCACCAGUUCGUAUUGUUCGUCAAUUCCAACGUCUUGGUGUUGUUGCAGCUAAUCCAGCUCUUUAUGUUCAAACAUAUGGUGCUCAUCUUCUUGAUGGUGCUUCACUCGUUGCACAAGCUCGUUCUGCUGGUGUUGUUGAAGAUAUCUCAGCACCUGGUUUUGUUGGUUAUAGUGCUGCCGCAUAUGGUCAAGAAUCAUGGGGUGCCGCCUCAGGCGUAGCUGGUGGUGUUGGUCUUGUUGCUGAAGGUGCUGAAGUUGCUGAUGCUGGUCUUGCUCUUGGUGGUGGAUUCGGUUCAUCAUCAUUAUAUGAAUCAUCAGGUUGGGCAGCAAGUGGCGCUAGUGGUUGGGAAGGUGGUGCUGUUGAUGGUGGUCUUGGUGCUGGUUGGAAUGGUGGUGUUGUUGCUGGUGGUCUUGGUGGUGGUUGGAAUGGUGGUGUUGUUGCUGGUGGUCUUGGUGCUGGUUGGAAUGGUGGAUUAUUGGGAUCAGCUGCUGUUGUUAGUGGAGCUGAUGCUGCUUUCCUUAAUGCUGAUACCGACUAUAAUGGUAGCCUUGACCGAGAAGAAUUCCACAACCUUCUUGCUCAAAAUCUUUAA